GGAUAAGGGAAAACAUAAUAGUGCCUUUUCCUGGGUAAGAAUUCACAAUGAUAAUGUUAAUUAUGCAUUAAUUAGUUCCCCUCAGGUGGAAAUGGAGGUUGAACCAUCAGAAAACUAUCAAUCCAAAAAAAGAGCAGCAGAGCAUAGUCCAACACCAUCACCGAAGAUGUUUGUGAAGGAAUCAGUGAAGGAAGAUGUAGCAUCAGAUAUUAUCUACAUUAGUGAUGGUAGUGAAAGCAAGAGAAUUGAGUCACAUAGCAUAGAGAAACAGGGCCAAAAGACAAGAGAUAAUUUUGAUUUGAAUAAAUGGCCAUCUGAGGAAGAUUACAAUAGGGUUCCAACCCCUAAUCUUCCUGACAUGAAUGAAAUUCAACCACCCGAGUCCAUGGAGUGCAUAGAUCUAACGUUGAGACUCUAACUGUGUCCCGCAAUGAUUAGGUCAUUUUUCCCUCCUCCUAAAGGAUUGGUUUUUACCAGCUAUAUUCAAUGUUAUUGGUUUUCUUUGAAUUAUUUUCUAUUCAAAUGUUACAAAAAGAACAUGUCAGGCAUGUUCUUACUGUUUUUUAGCUUGAUAUGGUUGCAGUACAAAUCUGUGCAGUAGUAUUUCACUUUAUUGAAUGUUUGGAUUGCGGACUUUAGUUUUAAAUUCAUUCUCACUUUUUGGUCAAAUGGUGAAAAAGAAUUUAUUAGGCACAUUCUUACUAUUGUUUAGCCUGAUAUUGUUGCAGUAUAAAUGUGUGGUAAAAUUUCUGUUGAUGGAAUGUUUGAAUCAAGGACUCUAGCUUUAAAUCCAUUCUCUAGAGAAGUUUGUAACAAAGAUAUUUUUGGUUCAGUUUCUGUUUCUGUUUCAGAUGGAUGGUUUCAAAAUAGAUAUAAUUCUCAUAA